UGCGCAAGUUUUUAGAAAAACACUGACUCGAGUAGAGAGCAUUUCUCCGGAAAGUUUCAAGUGCAGCAAAAUAGCGAGCCUGCAAAACUGGCCAAGGGGGGACCUCUAGUGGUUAAACGCACCUUAAGUUCGCGAGGCAGAGAGCAAAGUUUGGCCUUUACUUGUAGCUACGUAGUCCGUUUAGACGUGGAAGUAAUUAGAGGACCUGAGUUAGCAGCCAGAUGUGAAGGAUGCUGAUCAGAAAUAGAAAGUUUUGUAAAUCAGAGAACAAUGAAGUCUGAGUUUUCGGGCCCUGUGAUUUCCACCCUUCUUUGCUUGCAUUAGAAAACAUACUUUUAUUCUGAGAUUUGAGAUUGACAUACCUUAGAUAAGGAAAUUUGUUUUAUAAUUACCGUCGUCUGUAUCUUUCACCGUUUUUCCCCGCUAAGAAUCGUAGCAGGUAGCUUAAUUUGGAAUACAACGUGUGCUUAAAACUUAACAAAAAGUGAAAAAAAACCUUGAAAUUUGCUUUUUAUAUGAGCCGAUUGUUUUGUUCUCUGAUGCAUGUGUGAUUUCAGGCUAACAAGUUGUUCACUAACUUACAUAUUUACCAAUAAAAUAAAUAGUACCUUCUCUUUGCAAGAAUGUAAUUUUGAUUCACCGAGUAAAAAAGUUAUUUCGGGGAUACAUUGUAUAACUUGUGAUUUAAAACAUUUAUGUGGGUAAAAAUAUGAGUUACAUAACUAUUUCUCAGUGUGUCUACUGUAAAGGAUCUUGAAUUUUAAAGGUUAAAAAACAGAGAAAUGUAGUUUGUGUCUUAUCAUCCUUGUAACUGCCCAUAUCUAUCAUACACAAAAGAGAGACAAGGUCCACCUAAGUAGCCCAGGCUGGUGUUGAACUUACAUCUUCCUGCCUUAGUAUCCUUAGAGCUUGGGUAACAGUACCCUUAUUUACAAUGAGAAAUUUUACUGUGUGAACUUAGAAUAUGGGGAUGGUGUGAAUAAUUAAAACUGAUUUUGCCUCGUAUUGAACUGGUUAAUUUUAUUUUAAUACACAGCGAUGUUGUGUUAUAUGUUGGGUUUGAAUUGUAGAUUAUAGAUGUAAUGGCUUCAUGAGAGAGUGCUUUGAUUGUUUUUUUGUUUUGUUUUGUUUUUUGUUUUUGUUUUUCUUUUCCUCUUUUAAAAUUAGUGCUAGAUCCUUAAGUGAAGUCUUGGGGGUACACAGCAAGUUGUGAAGGCCACCAGACAGUUCUGCCUUUCACCACCACCUCAAGGAGAUAGCUGGACGAUUACAGCUGUUUCAGCCUUUAGUCUAUUCCAGUUUGUUGUUUUGGCUGAAGUAUAUGAAGAAAGUCUGCGUUCAUGUAGACACAAGGUUAAAAAAGUAAAUCAUGACCGAAUCUGCAUCUAGCACAAGUGGUCAAGAGUUUGAUGUGUUCAGUGUUAUGGACUGGAAGGAUGGAGUUGGUACCUUACCGGGGAGUGACUUAAAGUUUAGGGUGAAUGAGUUUGGAGCUUUGGAAGUUAUCACAGAUGACAGCGAGAUGGACAGUGUCAAGAAAGCAACUGCCACCACCACUUGGAUGGUCCCAACCGCCCAGGAGGCCCCGACCUCCCCCCCGAGUUCCAGGCCCGUAUUUCCACCUGCCUACUGGACAUCUCCACCUGGAUGUCCCACAGUCUUUUCAGAGAAGACUGGAGUACCAUUCAGGUUGAAGGAUCAAUCAAAAGUAGAUGGGCUUCAAUUUUGUGAGAACUGCUGUCAGUAUGGCAAUGGAGAUGAGUGUCUUUCUGGAGGAAACUAUUGCAGCCAGAAUUGUGCUCGGCGUGGCAAAGACAAAGAUCAGAAGGAAGAAAGAGAUGGAGGUGAUGACAAUGAGGACGAGGAUCCUAAGUGUAGCCGGAAGAAAAAACCAAAAUUAUCUCUGAAAGCUGACUCCAAGGAGGAUGCAGAAGACAGAGAUGAUGAGAUGGAGAAUAAACAAGAUGGAAGGAUCCUCAGGGGUUCCCAGAGAGCCAGAAGGAAAAGACGCGGGGACUCAACUGUCUUAAAGCAGGGUUUGCCUCCUAAAGGCAAGAAAACUUGGUGCUGGGCAUCCUACCUAGAGGAGGAGAAAGCUGUGGCAGUGCCUGCGAAGCUGUUCAAAGAGCACCAGUCCUUCCCAUACAACAAAAAUGGAUUCAAAGUCGGAAUGAAGCUUGAAGGUGUGGACCCAGAGCAUCAGUCUGUGUACUGUGUCCUCACUGUGGCUGAGGUUUGUGGCUAUCGGAUAAAGCUUCACUUUGAUGGAUAUUCUGAUUGCUAUGACUUCUGGGUAAAUGCAGAUGCUCUGGACAUUCACCCAGUCGGGUGGUGUGAGAAAACUGGCCAUAAACUCCAGCCUCCAAAAGGGUAUAAAGAAGAAGAAUUUAAUUGGCAGUCCUACCUUAAGACGUGCAAAGCCCAGGCUGCUCCCAAGUCAUUAUUUGAAAAUCAGAACAUAACAGCGAUCCCAUCAGGCUUCCGAGUUGGAAUGAAGCUUGAGGCUGUAGACAAAAAGAACCCUUCCUUCAUCUGCGUUGCUACGGUAACCGAUAUGGUGGACAACCGUUUCCUGGUGCAUUUUGACAACUGGGAUGAGAGCUAUGACUAUUGGUGUGAGUCAUCCAGUCCACACAUUCAUCCAGUUGGUUGGUGUAAAGAACAUAGAAGAACCCUGAUUACUCCACCAGGCUAUUCACACGUGAAACACUUUUCUUGGGAUAAAUAUUUAGAAGAAACCAAUUCUUUGCCUGCUCCUGCAAGAGCUUUCAAAGUGAAACCUCCACAUGGAUUCCAGAAAAAAAUGAAGCUUGAAGCUGUAGACAAAAGAAAUCCCUUGUUUAUCAGAGUAGCAACUGUAGCGGAUACAGAUGAUCACCGGAUCAAG